AUGGUAUGGCUGAUUACUGAGCCCUUCGGUACCUCCAUCGUCUUUGCGGCUACUUUCUGGUGUGCAAGGAUGUUUUUCAGCGUGCUCUUGCAGCACCACUUGGAUCCCAAGUCCUGGCCGGAUGUCGCGGAGGUGGACAAGGCCUCAGAAGAGUUCAAAACGCAGAAAGAGUACUUUGACGCCGCAUGCCGGCCCUGGGCGCAUAAGUAUGACUUUGACCUGCAAGUCGCGAGAGUCUUCCGCGUUGACAAGCCUGUUGCGGGUCAGCCGAGCUCGCGCCCCGCGGGAUCCAGCCAGCAGCUCUUUCACGGGACACAGUGGGAAGCAGCCAUGGGCAUCGUGUGCGAUGGCUUCCGCCUGCCCAACCACUCAGGUAUGUUCGGCAAAGGGAUCUAUUUCGCCGACUGUCCAUUAAAAUCGUGGCGGUACUGUUUCGCCAGUAAGCAAAUGGCCGACUCCUUGCCACGGUUGCUUGGCCGGGGCGGCUACAUUUUGAUGUGCUGGGUGGAUCUUGGCAAAAAGCGGGAGGAGAAGGAAGCUAAGCCAGAGCUGAAGGGAUACAACCGCCGGGGGUGGAUGGCGUGGUUUACGGGUCAAAGAGGAGCUUACGACUCAGUAGUGGGAAUGACGGAAGAGGAGGGUGGAGCACUAAGAGUUCCGGAGUACAUCGUGUACGACACCUCGCAGGUCCGAUUGGCCUACCUCUUCGAAGUCUUCAAGUCCGACCGGGAUGCCGCAUCAAACUCCAAUGUUAUCUGA